UCAUCUGAUCCAAAAAAUGCUUCUGGUUUUAACAGUGUUCAGCAACACCAUCAGAAAUGGCAAUCUGGAGAAGUCAGUCAAUCAGUUCGGAAUGUCUGUAAUUCAAGUGGAAAUGUGACAGCAAAUCAGCCUUUUAAUCAAAUGUCUGUGCCAUCCCCUGACAUUUCCAAGCAGCUAUAUGAUGUUGUGCAAGAAAGGGAAACUGUUUCUUCGGUGGCUGCUUCAAAGCCACUGAAUGAUCCUGCUUCAGUUCAAGAAAGCCAGACUAAUAGUUUGAUGAAUAGGCCUGUUAAUUCUCAAAUUCCUACAGCAGCAGCAGGUGGACAAUCACUUACAAAGGACAGAUUAGCUUGGGAAGCUCAAAAGCUGCUCGCUAUUAAAAAAAAAUGUGUCCUGCUUGAAAGGUUGCAUCAUUAUAGAAGAAAACUCUUAGCAGCUUCAGAACAUGACAAAAGUACUCCCCCACUUCCUCCAAAUUGUCAAGCUACUCUUGCUAAUUGUCUUCCAGGGGUGCCCAACCAAAAUGUACCACCUUCCCCAUCUGAAACAACAAGGACAGAGCAUCCAAUACUUAACUCUUCACCUGAAGAAAGAAAUGACAAAAACGUAGCCAGUGCUGAUAACAGAGGAGUAGAGGUGACUCAAAGCAACCCUCAGGUGGAGCAGGGAAGCCUUUCAUCAAGCUCUGCUCCUGUUGCCUCUCAGAGCAACCUCCCAGCUCAAUUAAAUAAUCCCAAGAUCGCUCCUGUCCUGGAACAAAGGGAUGCACAUGCUGUGGACUCUUCUCAAACAACUGCAACAUCCUUGAACAAUGCUUCGUGUUUGAGUCAAGUGGAUAGCUCUACCAGAAUUGUAUCAAAAAAUAUGCCGACUUACCCUGAGAACUCAUCAUUUUUACGGUUUGUAUUGAGCAGCACCAAUAUAUUGAAAGAGAAGACUGCUGGUGCUACUGCUGAUAAAAUACUGACUAGUCUCUUAUGUAGUGAAAAAACACUGAUGGAUACAUCUGUCUCAGGUGAAAGCUUACUAAAAGACACUAGUGAGAAGAAGAUAGAAAAUUUGAAAGGUGAGCAGGCAUGUAUGGUUUACAAAAACUCUCCCGUAUCAGAAAAAAAUGAAUCUAGUGAAGCUAAAUUGCAGAAUGAUGUACCUCAGAAAAAAAUGUCAUUUACUGAAAAUACACCUUUUAAACAGAGCAAUUGUAGUUAUUCUGUGGAAGAGCUAACUGCAUGCCUUGGCUUGUGGAGAAAGCAUCCAUCAGAAUCUGUAAGUGUGCAAAAUAGCCAGGCAAAUGAAAGCCCCACAGCGAAUCAGAUUUCACCUUGCAGCCAAACCACAAAAAAUAGAGAACAAAAUAAUGUUGCGGUUAGUACAGAUGAAGCCGUUUUGCCUGUAACUGCUUCUGUAGCACAAACACUUGAUACAUUGGCUUGCAAUUUGAUAAAAAGUUUUGAACUCCAAGUUGCAGUUGUCUCUCCUUUAGUACUUUCUGAACAGAGAACACAGAGUGAGCUGGCAGACAAAUGUCCAACAUCUGUAGGUAAAAACUCUCCAGUGAUUGACUCGGGAAGCACAUGUAGCUUGCAAGAAGAGGGGAAAAAUGGUUUAAGUGUGGUAAAUAAAGGAACAAUAGAAACUGUUCAGUUGUCACCCAGUGAUUAUGUUCUGGUACAAAAAGAGGACUCACAUUUGCAACAGACCAGAUCAGCUGAUGGAAAUGAAAUAGUGAAAAACAAUGUGAGUGCAAAUGAUUCAUGUGACAAAAAACAAAGGAAAGUUAGUCAAUCUGCACAAGGUACCAAAGAAAAUCUGCAGUUUGGAUUAGAAAACAAGCCUUCCGUUCCUGAAUUGGGCCUAAAUUCUUCUAGUCAAAUCAUUCAAGAAGGUAUAAGAAACCAUAAAGACAAGCAAGCUGUGUUAGAGACAGGAGAUACAUCCACAGCUGUGUUGGAAGAACAGAUGUUUUGUAUUUCUGCUGUAUGUUCUCUUGUUGAAGGUGAUACAUCUUAUAAUCCACAAAUAGCAAGUAUCUUCAGGUCAGUCACUGAGACACAUGCAUUAAAUGGUACCUCAUCAGAAGGAAACGCAUCUGACUCAAGGCAGAAGGAACAACAUCUAGAUUUGCAUAAUAAUGAGCUGAGCAAUAACACUCCCCGAAGAGAGAACCUGCUGCAUAAAAUCGAAGAAUCAUCAAGCUCCAUGAGUAAAGCAGGUAAGAUUUGGGAUGGUGUCACAGCUAGUCAUUUGGAGAAAGAAAGCAGUGGUAGUCCUGUUAAAACAAUUUCUACCUCAGAACAAAAAAUGUCAUUCAGUGCAUCUUUUGAGCAACUUGAAAAUAACUUGGAAAUUGUUGCUAGUAUGAAUGAGCAGUUGGCUCAAAAUUCAUUAGAUUGCUCAAUCAGUGUAACUGCUGAAACAAAUGCAUUCACUGUUCCAAGAGACAGCAGUAAACAAAACUUCAUGUCCAGUAAAAAUAGCCGAGAGAAAGAGAUUAAUCUUUUGGGAUUGGAACCUAUUAAAUGUCUAAACAAUCAGCUGUCUGAAUUAGUGAAAGAGUUUCCGUAUGGCAUUGAAGGUGCUGAUAUGCUAACAAAAGAACCAGUACAAAACAAUUCAGUGGCUGAGCAGAGGGAGAAUCAACCUCAGAAAGAGACUCAAAUUUGUGACAAGAAUUCUCAUUUGAAGGACCCAGUAGAUCAGAUGAAAAUUGCAGUGUUAAGCUCUGAUCAGAUGCAAGAACUGUUUCCUGAACAUAGCUGGUAUUCGUCUAGUGACAGCAAGAGAGUUGUGGAUCAAGAGCCAGGAAAGACUUCAAGUUCAGCUGAGGGGAACCUUGAAGGCAGUAUUCAGCUCAGUCAGAGUCUAUGUGAGAAGAAAACAACAACACAAAAAACCUCCAAGCCCAGAAAAAAAAAAAUAAAAAAUUGUCUGUCUCUAACACGCACGUCUGAUUCAGAGAAAAAUGAUAAUCAACUUGCAAAAAAUGAGAAUACUAGCUCUAUAGAGAGACAAGAAAACAGCAGUAAAUCUGAUGCCGUAACAAAGAGCUGUGCAGUGGGAAACCUGCCAAUUUCUGAAAAAAUCCAAAACAGUGUUAGUAAAAAUAAAGAAGAUACUUGCACAUACAUGUCUGUAACAAACGAAAAAGCUAGGUUAAAGGUGAAUAAUGAAUACAAAGUGCUUACAACACAACAGGAAAAAAUGGGACCACUUAAUUCCUCUGAAAACCAGGAUAUUGACAAAUCUAAAAGGAACAGCCAGAAGGAAGAGCCGCAAAUCGACAGAGGAACCCAGCUGUUAGGCAGAGAAUUUCAUUCUGCCAAAAAAGAACAUCAGACCCACUCAGAAGAGUUUUCAGAGGAACCUGGUCAUACAGGUGCAGACAACAAGACAAAGUCAUCCAAAAAGAGAGUUUUCAAAGAGGGCCCCCUUUCAAAAGAUAAAACCAAACUAGGUUUGGCCAUGAAAUCCAGAACAGAUGUUCACAAAUUUACCAAGUCAGGAACUGUUGAAAUUAAGCAUGCUGAAGUCAAUCAAGGACAAAAAAAUAAAACCUAUGAAGAGAACUCAGCUGAAGAACAGGACUGGAGGAAACAAAAGGAGUUACUUGGGCAAGAUGUAGGAAUUAACAUAAAAGAGAAAGCCCAAUUAUCAGUGGAAACAAAAGAUAAAAAGCUGAAGAGUUACUGUGCUGAUGCUGUAAAGUUCCCAAAUUUUGGCACUGUAGACUUAAAGUCAAGAAACUCCAAAUAUUCUCAGCAUAAAUCUAUGAAAGCUCAUCCUUCACAGGAGCAGUCAUACAAACGAAAGAGGAGGGAAAAUAUGAUUGGGAAGAGAGAUCUUAAGAAAAGAAAGGUGGAAGAGGAAAGAUUGAAACAAUCUGAAGAAAAGAAUUCCAAGCAGCUUUCACAUAAUUGCAUGAUAAAUACUGACAGAGGUAAAAAAUUGCAUGGAGAAAAUAGCUGGAAACCGAAGAGUUCAUUAGCAGAUCACUCUGUGCUUAAACUACAGAGAAGAAGGGCUCGAUCUUCUAACAUCUCUAAAAACUACUUUUCCAACAAAGAGAGACGUCUUGAUGGUCAACACAAAGACAAGUGCUCUGAAAAAAACCUGCUGUACUUAAAUAGAAGAAAUAACAGAUUAAAAUUGCAUAUUCAAAAGGAACCAAAAAAACACUACCUGAACAGAGUUGCAUUUAAGCGUACAACACAGGAACGCAUAUAUCUGACAAAAUUAGAGACAUCACCUGUCAGACCCAUCUGGCAUAUGAAGUCCACAGCAUCACAAAACAGCCCAGAUGUGAAAAGAGAUGCUCCUGUCUCAGAAUCUGAGAAAUCAUGCAAACUGGAAGUACUUGAAUUUAAGCUGUGUCCAGAGAUACUGUUCAGAAAUCCAGCCACUGAUGAAGAAAGCUUAGGUGCAAAGAAUUCCCUGGAAAGAGAGAAAGUCAUUGUGGCAGGUGUCAAGAGUAAGAAAGAAGAUUGGUUAAAAUGUGAUCCAGUGAAGCAAAAAAAGCUGGAAGAGAUCUCUACAGCUGAGGACAGUAUUCCACUUGAUACAGCUAUACAGAUCCUGGAUGGAGAUGGCAAGGCUCUUCACAUUCCAAGCAAAGACUCAAAAGAGAUAUUUCAGACCUACAGAAAAAUGUAUCUGGAAAAAAAGGUGCAAAAGCCUUGAUAGCACUCCUAUAUCAUAGGUCUUAUUUAAUAUCACUGGGAAAAAAAUUUCCAACACUAGAAUGAUUUUUCCUGUUUAUUUCAUCUUUCUAAAUAAUGGUUUAAAAAAACAUUUGAGUGUUGGCAAUUUCCCCCCCUAUUUCUCAUAUUUGUGAGUGAUUGAGAUCUUAUUCUGUGUUUAUUGCACAAAUAUGGUUUGGUGCAGAGAAUGCCAUUGUCAAAUUUAUUGUUUCAUUUUGGCAUAUUUUAAUCUUUUUUUUAACGAUACAAGAGUUAGUUGAAACUUGACCAAAAAAACUCAAAACUCAUUUAAAUUGUCAUAAUCUGUUUUCUGAUUCUGUAAAACUUCUACUUGUACUUUCCACUGCUGGCAGUGGAAAAAUAUUCUUACUGGAAAAAGAUUGCAGUGGAUUCCAAAGCAUUACACCUUUAUUUUCUACUUACACUAGUCUGAUUUUUGUGCUUCUAACAAGGCUUUUUAUUUUUGUAGAAACUUUUUUUUUUU